AUGAGUAAAAAAAUCAUUUUGUCAGACGCACCACGUGAUAUUAGCACAUAUGUUGCGUCUUUGCCAGUUGACCAAAUACAAGAGGUGGUCACCAAGGUGGAGGACAUUAUCGCGGAUCUCAAAAAGAUCAAAUACGACCCCCGGGUGAUCAAGAAUUGGGAAUCGCUGUUUGCAAAGCUGAACGAUUCCGAUGGGGCGAAGACCUCUGCGACGUACAACGAACUUGUAGACAAGAUAUUAUUUUACAUGUCGCUGGCAAUUGCAAAAUAUUUAGAGUAUUCUCUCCAGGACCUUGUUAAUCGGGCCAGCCUGCUGAAAAUGUACCUUGACAGCAUGGAGUCGAUACCUUAA